AAAAUGCAAUACAAAACUGAAACUAGAGGCUCAUUUUCCUACAACAAGGUGAACAACAUGGGAGUGUUUCCAUCUGACAUUCUUGUUAAGAUAGAGUCCAUGGCUGCAGAAAAUGCGGUGGUUAUAUUCAGCGUGAGCACUUGCUGCAUGUGCCACGCCGUCAAGGGUCUCUUCCGUGGAAUGGGAGUGAGUCCAGCCGUUCACGAGCUGGACCUUCACCCUUAUGGCGUCGAUAUCCACCGAGCUCUCAUGCGUCUCCUAGGCUGUUCCAGCGGCGCCUCCACUUCUCCGGGGGCACUUCCGGUGGUAUUCAUCGGUGGGAAGAUGGUGGGAUCGAUGGAGAGAGUGAUGGCUUCUCAUAUCAAUGGCUCACUUGUCCCUCUUCUCAAAGAUGCUGGUGCUCUCUGGCUCUGAUCCAAAACUAAGUCCACCUUCUUUUACUGCGUUUUUUUCUUUCUCUUUUUUUUUGUUGUUGUUGUUUCUUUACUCUUUUUUUGGGUUUAAGAACAAAAAAGAUUAGAUUAAUCAUCAUAGUGUUGAAUUAGAGAGAGUGAGGGGAGAAGUGCGUUUGUAUUAAGCAUUAGCUCCUUGUAUCCAUCUUAAUCACACUAUUAAUAUAUAAAUU